UAUUGUAGUAUUGUUACAAAAUGAGAAUAAGAAGAAGCAAUGAUUGAAGAAAGAUUCCCGCAAAAGAGAAAAUAAAGAAAUUCAAAAAAGAGAAGAAAAUGAAGAUUUCCCUCCAAACUCUGCAAGUCUCGUGAUUGUCAUUUAAUACCUCACCCCAUCUGUUCAUCGCUCUCUGUUACGACUCCGUCCCACCAUUAUCAAUGUUAACCCGAUCUCGGCGGUCCCUCCCUCCUACUACUACUACUACUACUACCCUUUUAAAUCUCGUCUCUUUUUAUAAACCCAUGAGAGUAUUCGUUUCUGUUUUCUCUUGGGUCUUCUUCAAUGGAAGCCAGUGGUCACUCGCGGCGGAGGAGGGGAGAUGGGUGCACUGUCGUGGAGUGUUAUACGCCUCGGAAGGUCGUGGGUAGGUGGCUUUCUGGGUUGAGAAGUUCCAAGGGGAAGAGAGAGACAGGGGAGGGAGAUGAAGAAGAUGAUAAUACCAGAGGAUACAACUUACCGCCCAUAAGGUGUUCGACGAAACGCCUUAACGAGAAUUCACCGAAUACUAAUCAAUUUGAAUCACAAAGCAGAGAAGCACCUUUGGAAAUGGGAAUUGGUUCUUUUUUGCUCUAUCUUGUUGUUGCAAGUAAGACCGAGCUUGAUAAGAUGACAAACCUGCGGAUGCAAAUGGAGAUGUUUCUUCUCAAUGCGAAAGAAGAGUUACAGAAGAAAGAACUAGAGGCAAAUCCACCCAUGUCUUCAAAUGAAGCAAGCGGUUACCAGUUUUCUCCUCAAGAAUUCUCGAAUUUGGCGUCAUCCAUUUUCCAAGAGUCAUCAACUAGUGUUCUUCUUCAAGAGGAGUACACAGAAUUCGAGAUCUCAAAACCAGACCGCAACUCAAAACUUCAGGCUGAGGUAGGUAGGUUGCCUCUGGAUGAAAAAGCAGAGGAUAGACACCCAAAGUAUCAGAUUCAGAGACAACGCAAACUUGAAGAAAAUGAGGUCGCAAAGAGUCAUAUACCGGAGAUGUUGGUUACCGAUGAAAGAAAUGGAGUCUGCCCGUUCGAACUAGAGAAAAAACUGCACGAACUACUGGAGACAAGGCAACAAGAAGAGUUACUGAAGCUUGAGACUGCUCUUAGUCGUGUUGAACGCAGACUACAAGAGAAAGAGACAGAGGUUUCAUGGUGGAAAGACGCAGCCCGCCUGCUUGCUCAGCGUGUUCCUGAAUCUUCUCGAUCUGGACUAGAAUGGUGCAACCCAGAGUCUUCAACCUGUUCAGAACGAUUUGUUCCAAGAUCUUAUAAAGCAUGCUCCAAACACCGCACCAGUUUUUCUAGAUGAUGAAUCCUUAAGUAUAAGUGUAUUUUCUUUUACAGCGUUUGGUCUGAAGUGUUCUUAACCGUUUGUUUAUGUGAAGUUCGCUUUUAGUUGAACAAGUUGCCACUGUCCCUGUUUGGUGCAUGUUACCUGAAAAUCACUAGUCAGGGUAGGAAUUGCACUGUUUCUGUAUCCAAUCAAGCUUUUUUAAAAAUUCUACACUUUG